AUGUCUUUUAGCUUUGCUGCCUUCACUCCUCCUGCACCCCUCGACUCGGGUAAGGAUUGGAUCCUCGCAGAAUGGAAGGAACUGGAGGAUAGGGUGAUUGCUGAGGCGAAGUGCGUCCCGGAUGAUAAGGAGGAGCUGCAGGAGGAAUGGAGGAUGUGGUGUGAACAUUGGGCCGAUAUUAUGAGAGCACUAUCCGACUGCACUGACUGGGGCGGUGCCCAGAAUGUCGUCCUCACGAUGUCCAGUGAGGCAAGGGCCGUUGGGGUCAGGGCUAAUGAGCAGUAUGAACGAUGGAUUCGUGAAUGCAGUGCCCUCGAAGCACGUGCGAAGGAUUGUGAGUCCUGUGAGGUGCAGAUGGGUAUUGACUCCCCCCCGCGCGCCUGCACUGGAUCCGCCCCUGCGCAACCACCUUCAACGGACGGGACAGGCGGGUCUGCAUCCCUCACCCCCCAGAUCAACCGUAUGAAGAUGAAGGUAGCUAUCCCGUCCAAGUCCGCUGUUGCUCAGAAGACCGUUACUCAUGAUCUGCCCUGCGCGCGUUGCAUCAAGGUAAAGAAGGAGUGUGUAGGUGAAGAGAAGUGGUCCUGUAAUGGGUGUAACGCGGUUCAUCAGAAGUGUGAGUAUGCUUCGUUCGGAAAGGCGAUGGGUCUUAAGGGCAAGGUAUCGGAUGCGCCCACCCUCUCUGCUAGUGCUAGCGGAUCCCUCCACUGGUCCGUGUCAUCUCCCAGUUUGGCUGUUCCAUCUGGCAGUGAGCUGGAAAUUGUCGAGGCCCCUGUGAAGCGCACCACCCGCAACACGUGCAAGGCAGCAGAACCUAAGGGUAAGGGUAAGGGUAAGGCGAAGGAGGUCGUCCCUGCCACCCCUACAGUCGAGGAGUCAUCUGAUGAAGUGUCGCACUAUGAGAAGGGUGAGAUCGCAAAGGUUCAGCAUGAGUUGCGCGUCCUGAAGGGCCAGCUGAUCAGCCUCUAUGAGUCUGCCUACAAGAUCUCCACUGAGGUGGGUCGCUUGGAGAGGUGUCUUGGGGGUCUCCUCUAG